CACUCUCCUAGAUCUCCUCCAACUCUCUCUCUCUCUCUAUAUAUAUAUAUAAACUCAUUAGAUUCAGAUAUUUUCAUUGACCACAUUGCUUGUUGGUUUGUUUUCAUCCUUAACCUUUCUCUAAAUAAAUAUAAAUGAAAAUAUAAGAAAAAUAAAAUAAAACAGAGAACCCAAAUGUACAAAAGUAGCUGCACCUUCACCCCCAACAAAAUUGGAACCAUUUUCAUAAAGUUUUGAGCUUUAAAUUCUGUCUUCAAUGGCCGCCGCCGCUGCUGCUGUUGCUGUUACAAGGCUUCACAUAUGCCCACAUGGGUUAAACUUAGACCUGUUCAAUUCCAAGGCUCACUUCCGAACGGGACCGACCAUCCUGAUUGGACCCGGUUUUAGCGGGUCAGUGCGCCCUGUCCGUCGUGGGUUUGGCUUGAAAAAGUGCAGGGCUUAUAGGAACGAGAGUGACGAUGGAGGGGACGCGGAAGAGAAAGAGAGAGAAAGUGCGAGAAAGUGUGGGAAAGUGAAGGAAAAUCUGAAAUUGAACAAAGGAAGUGGGUUUUGGAGUUGCUUGAAGUACGCUGUCACGGCUGGUUUUGGCUCAGGUUCAAGAAACAAUGAUGAGUACGGCAAGGCUGUGGCCAAGUGUGAGGAAGUCUUUUCCUCCAUUGCCGUCCAAAUUGGAAGAUAUAUUGUGACCAUGAUGAGUACUGGAGUUAUACUAGGCGUUGGAUUUCAGUUAUCAGGUGGUGACAGCCAAAUGCACACCUUAAUCUGGUAUAGCUGGCUUGGAGGGAUUAUCAUUGGGACUAUGAUUGGAGCUAACAUGGUUUUAGAGGAACACUGUCGUGCUGGUCCCCGUAAUGUUGUCAUAACCGGAAGUACACGGGGACUUGGGAAGGCUCUUGCUCGUGAAUUUCUUCUUUCGGGAGAUAGAGUGGUUAUCGCUUCUCGCAGCCCUGAGUCUGUAGUCGCAACUGUGAGAGAGCUCGAGGAAAACUUGAGGGAAGGUCUACUCUCUGCAGGUGGCUCAUCCAGGACAAACCUUAGACAUGCUAAAGUUGUUGGCAUAGCAUGUGAUGUUUGUAACCCUGAUGAUGUACAGAAAUUGGGGAAUUUCGCUGCCAAAGAACUUGGUUACAUUGAUAUUUGGAUAAAUAAUGCUGGCACAAACAAGGGAUUUAGACCCUUGCUGCAAUUCACUGAUGAAGACAUUAAGCAGAUUGUCUCAACAAACCUGGUUGGUUCACUCCUUUGCACUCGAGAAGCCAUGGGUUUAAUGGGAAACCAAGUGAAGGGAGGGCACAUAUUCAAUAUGGAUGGGGCAGGUUCUGGGGGAUCAAGUACCCCUUUGACUGCUGUCUAUGGAUCAACAAAAUGUGGCCUAAGGCAGCUUCAAGCAUCACUUCUGAAGGAGUCAAGGCGAUCCAAAGUCGGAGUCCACACAGCAUCUCCAGGAAUGGUUCUUACAGAUCUACUUUUGAGUGGUUCCACCAUACAAAAUAAGCAAAUGUUCAACAUCAUAUGUGAGCUCCCUGAAACUGUUGCUAGAACAUUAGUUCCACGAAUGCGGGUUGUAAAAGGAAGUGGGAAAGCCAUAAACUACUUGACCCCACCUAGAAUCUUACUUGCUUUAGUUACCAUAUGGCUGCGACAAGGGCGCUGGUUUGAUGAACAGGGGAGAGCAUUGUAUGCUACAGAGGCAGACCGAAUCCGUAACUGGGCUGAAAACCGCACUCGAUUUUCUUUCACUGAUGCAAUGGAGAUGUACACCGAGGGCACUUGGCUAUCUGUAUUCUCACUCUCUGUCGUAUGCGCCUUCAUAAUUCUUUCCAGCACAAGCAGUAACUUCCCUGGCACUUGAGCUUUGGCUAAUUACUCAGAACCUGAAAACAGUUGGAAGUUGGAACAUAUUAGAAAAAAUGUUUAUUUUUUCUCAAAGAAGCAGCUUUGGUUGAUGGGAUGACACUUAAAAAAGUAACUCAACACCCUCAGAAAAAUGCAGUUUUUUUCCCCUGCAUCCUUAAAUCACUUAAGCACCACCAGUAAUUUGUUUUACUAUGCCCAUUUGUAGAGCUUUUAAGGGUUAUAAUAUACAAAAGAAAUAUAUGAAGAAUAUAUCAAAGAAAGCAAGAAUUGUUCAUGUUUGUUAAAUGUCAAUGGAAGAAGAUGCUUGUAACAUGUAAAUUGGUAAGUGAUUUGUCAUGAAAUUCAAUUUCAUUUAUUAUUUUUCUUUUCA